AUGGACAAGAAUUGGAUGCACGUGCCAAAUAGGUUUACCUCACGUGAAUACGGUGAAGGGAUUAACACUCUCCUCACCAUGGCAAAGACCCAUGCACCUGGACAAACUACCAUAAGGUGUCCAUGUCGGAGAUGCCGUAAUAACCUAUUCCUACCAUUCAAUGAAGUUGAAGAUCAUCUAUUCACGAUAGGUAUUGAUCCUACUUAUACACAUUGGAUAUUCCAUGGGGAGUGUGAUAGUUGGAGUGUCCAUGAGUCAGACAGUGAUGACGAUAGUGCUAAUGAAUCUCAUAAUUUUAUUGAUGAUAUGGAUGAGAUGAUAGAGGACACCCGGGCUGCAACAUUCUUUGACCAUGCGUAUGGUGAACAUGCUAGUACUUCAGAGCCCACCAUGGGGGAAUCACAAUCGAAAACUUUUGACCAAUUGUUUGAUGAUGCGAGACGUCCACUUUAUCCAAGUUGCAAGAAGUUCUCUAAGCUUUCAUUUAUAGUCAAGUUGCUCCAUAUCAAAACUGUUGGUGGGUGGACUAUCAAGUCAUUUAACAUGGUUUUACAAUUGUUAAAGGCUGCUUUUCCAGAUAUUCAUAUACCUAACUCAUACCAUGAGGCUCGACACUUAGAACGUGGUUUGGGUUUUAGUUAUGUGAAGAUAGACGCUUGCCCGAAUGACUGCAUGCUAUUUUGGAAACACGAUGCAGAUAAAGAAGUUUGCUCUAAAUGUGAGGAGCCAAGGUGGGUGUCAACGACAAGGAAAAAAGGGAAGAUUCCUCAAAAGGUAUUGCGAUACUUUCCUCUGAAACCGAGGUUACAAAAAUUGUUUAUGUCAAAGAAUAUAGCAAAGUCCAUGAAAUGGCAUAGAGAAGAACGACUUGAUGACCAUAGUACUUUAAGGCAUCCUGCUGAUUCAAAGAUGUGGAGACAAUUUGAUAAAGACCACACUUGGUUCGCCCAAGAUGCUCGCAAUGUCAGACUAGGGCUAGCCAGUGAUGGGUUUAAUCCGUUCAAUAAUAUGAGCAAACCUUAUAGCAUAUGGCCAGUCAUACUCGUGCCAUACAACUUGCCCCCUUGGUUAUGCAUGAAAGAACCGUACUUAAUGUUAACCUUGCUCAUUCCUGGCCCCAAAGGACCAGGAAACGACAUCGAUGUUUAUCUACAACCAUUAGUGAAUGAACUAAAAGAGCUAUGGGAGGAUGGUGUAGAUAGCUAUGAUGCAUCAAAGUCUGAACACUUUCGCUUACAUGCUGCACUACUGUGGACUAUUAAUGAUUUCCCUGCAUAUGCCAACCUUUCUGGGUGGAGCACGAAGGGAAAAUUGGCUUGCCCAUUAUGCAAUGAGGACACAGAUUCCAUGUGGUUGAAACACGGUAGGAAACACUGCUACAUGGGUCAUCGUCGCUUCUUGCCGUCUGCUCACCCUUGGAGAAAGAAAAAGGCUGCAUUCAAUGGAAAGGAUGAUCAUCGCUUGCCUCCUCCAGAGCUCACUGCUUCUUUUGUCCUUCAGCAACUAUUGCAGCUUAGUAAUGUGGAAUUUGGCAAAACAAGUAAUCGAAAGCGAAAACGUACACCUGCUGAACUAAAUUGGACUAAAAAAAGUAUAUUCUUCGAACUGCCUUAUUGGUCAACGUUGCCUUUACGACACAAUCUCGACGUCAUGCACAUUGAAAAAAACAUUUGCGACAAUGUGUUAGGAACGUUGAUGGAUAUUCAAGGUAAAAAUAAAGACACUGUUAAUGCACGUAAGGACUUGGAAGAACUUGGGUUAAGAAAGGAAUUACAUCUACAACCUACAACUAGUGGGUACUCCAUGGUGCUUGGCUCAUACACCCUGGAUUUAGAUCAGAGGAGACAUUUCUGUGCAUGGCUCGCAGCUGUUAAAUUUCCAGAUGGUUUUGCCUCGAACAUUUCUAAAUGUGUUUCAGUUGGUGAUGGAAAGAUUUCAGGCAUGAAAAGUCAUGACUGUCACGUCUUUAUGCAAAGACUACUUCCAGUUGCAAUUGGUGGGUUUCUCCAACCUAAUAUACGACUUGCAUUGACUGAGUUAAGUUCCUUCUUCAAGGCAUUGUGCGCACGAACGUUGACAUUGGAAGUAUUGAAGCAACUACAAUACGACAUUGCAAUCAUCCUCUGCAAGCUUGAGAUGAUUUUCCCUCCAGGCUUCUUUGAUAUAAUGGUGCACCUCGCUAUCCAUUUACCCCGUGAGGCUUUUCUUGCGGGACCAGUUCAAUAUAGGUGGAUGUAUCCUUUUGAGCGAUAUUUGGGAAAAUUCAAGCGUUAUGUUAGAAAUAAGGCUCGUCCGGAAGGCUCAAUUGCUGAAGCUUAUGUUCAUGUUGAAUGCUUGACCUUCUGCUCCUUGUAUAUCCAUGAUGUCGAGACCAUAUAUAAUCGGGAGGAACGAAACAGGGAUAUAGAUAAAGAUACUGAAGGUGGAAAUGACUUCUCUAUUUUCUCACAAAAGAUACGUCCUCUGGGCUCCCCUACCUCUAAUCGAUUGGAUGAGGCUCUACUCGCAAAGGCAAGGUGGUACGUGCUCAAUAAUUGUGCAGAGAUUAGUCAGUAUAUCGAUGAGCACUAUACGAAGAUCAAAGAUGCUUCUCUAGCUAAUGUAGAGCGUAGACAUCAAAACGAAUUCUCAAAUUGGUUUCGCACCCGUAUUCAAGACCUCCGUUCAGCAAAUCGUGAAAACGUGUCUGAUGACAUAUAUGCACUUGCUUGUGGACCAGACCCAUGGGUUGCUUCAUUUUCUGCUUGCAUCAUGAAUGGGACCAGAUUUCACACACUGCGUCGUGGAGAAUAUCGCCGAACCCAGAAUAGUGGAGUGGUUGUUAAAGGGGAACAUAACUCAAAGCCCAUUGAUUUCUACGGUGUUUUGAAUGAUAUAUUGCAAUUACGCUAUAUGGGUUGGCGUCAUGUAUAUCUGUUUAGAUGUGAAUGGUUUGAUGUAGGUGAUAUGAGAAGAGGAAUAGUAGUUGGGGAGCACAUAACUAGUGUCAACACUUCUCGAAAAUGGUAUAGGGAUGAGCCAUUCGCCCUUGCCUGCCAAGUAUGCCAAGUGUUUUACCUUAAAGACAAUAGUAAACGUGGUAAUUGGUCCGUUGUACAAAGGGUAAACAAUAGGAAUAUGUAUGAUGUUCCAACUAUACCAUUGGAAAAUGAUGAUGAUGAGAAUGAUGAUCAGAAUCUGGAUAUUGCUGCUUUCCAAGAGAACGAACCCUCAUAUGUUGAAGUAGAACCUGAAUAUGAUGAUAAUGGGAUGACCGCUCCCUUGCAUAGGUCUGACAUACAACCAGUCCAUGUUGCUUCUGAUAUAACAUUGAAUGAUCCAUUGUCCCUUCCCGAUCAUGAAGACUUUAUUGAUGACGGUAUAGAGAGAAGCGAUGAUGACGACACUAGUAGCAGUGAAGCUCUUGAAUCUAAUUUUGGGACCUCAUCUGAGGAUGUUUUCAGACUCUGUAAAGAUGAUAUAUAUUGUGCUGAUUCUUUCUACUCUAUAAAUAGAAAAUGUAAAAGGUGUUAUCCUUCAUGUGGCCUAAGUGGGAAAUGGUAUGAAUCGAUUGCUGAAACUCGCUUCCAGCAAGGUCAACCACAAAUUUGUAGUUACAUAUUUUCACUUCUUGUAGUUGGCUUCACAGUAAUGACGCAAUGGUCUGAUUCGAGUACUAGCCAGGAUUUUGAACUUCCUUAUGGUUCAUGA